AUGGCAGCAUUCAUAGGAGCAAAUCUGAAUCCUUGCAAUUAUAUUGGAGGUGUGAGCUUCAAUCCUGAACGAGACAUCCCGGAUCUAUCUGGAAAGGUAGCGUUGGUGACCGGAGGAAAUGCUGGACUGGGCAAAGAAACCAUCCUGCAGUUGGCCAAACAUCGACCGCAAAGGAUAUAUCUUGCUGCACGGUCGGAGACGAAAGCACAGGCGGCCAUCAGCUCUCUAAAAGGAUCGCUAUCUAAUAAUGUUGAGAUCACUUGGCUCCCUCUGGACUUGAUGUCCAUUAAAUCAAUUCAGACUGCGGCACAGACAUUCAAUGCAGAAUCAUCACGGCUCGACAUCUUGAUACUCAAUGCUGGUGUAAUGUCGCUUCCGCCAGGAGAAACCGAGAUGGGCCACGAGAUCCAACUGGGUACCAACCAUACCGGUCAUUUUCUCCUCACAAAGCUGUUGCUGCCCACAUUACUCAAGACAGCAGAAGAGCCCAAUUCAGAUGUGCGGGUCGUGUCACUCUCAUCCAUCGGACAUAAUCUGGCUCCGUCAUUCGAGACCAUCCUGGAUCAGGACCGGUUGAAGAAGGUGAACACUAAUACUCGAUAUGGUGCCUCAAAGGCAGCAAAUAUUCUAUUCGCAGCUGAGCUUGCAAGGCGAUAUCCUUCAAUUACGUCUGUUUCCGUCCAUCCCGGGAUUAUUCUUACGGAUCUAUAUAGCUCGGUGAGUGAUCGUUCUGCCCUCGCUGCGUUAGGCUCAAAGACACUGGGCCUUUUCGGGACACAGGUCCCUCAGGGGGCCUAUAAUGAACUUUGGGCCGCUGCUGGUGCGAAAAAGCAUGACCUCGUCAAUGGAAGCUAUUAUAUUCCUGUGGGACACUUGAAGCCAUAUAACCAGUAUGCCAGAAGCGAGGACAUGGGAAGACGUUUGUGGGACUGGACCGAAUCCGAAUUACGCAAGUUCAAUGCUUUGCCCUGA